AGAGGCCGGGCUGGCGCACGUGCAGGCUGUCCCACACCUUUGAUCCGCUGGGACUUUGGGUUGUGCUUUUGUUCUAGAAUGACGUGUUACAUAGACCAGCUGAACACGUGGUAUGACAUGAAAACUCACCAAGAAGUGACCAGCAGCCGACUCUUCUCAGAAAUCCAGAACACCUUGGGGACCUUUGGUCUGAAUGGAUUGGACAGGCUUCUAUGCUUCAUGAUUGUGAAGGAGUUGCAGAAUUUCCUCAGUAUGUUUCAGAAAAUUAUCCUGAGAGAUAGAACCGUUCAAGAUACUUUAAAAACACUCAUGAAUGCUGUCAGCCCCCUAAAAAGCAUUGUUGCAAAUUCAAGUAAAGCUUAUCUUUCCGCCAUCACCAAGACACAGAAGAUUUGGACCGCUUACCUGGAUGCCAUAAUGAAGGUUGGGCAGAUGCAGAUCCUGAGACAGCAGAUCGCCAAUGAGCUCAACUCUUCCUGUCGAUUUGAUUCCAGGCACCUGGCAGCAGCUCUGGACAAUCUCAAUAAGUGAGUGUCAGGGCCUGAGACCACCUCCCCAGCA